GAACCAAAGCAUCAUCUUCGUGAUGGUUCCUUAUGGUCUUGGCUACGAUUUCUCAACUGAUGAUUACAAAUUAUUAAGUGUUGCUCGCGGACCCUGGUCUCCUGCUAUUGUUUCUGACAGAACUACAGUUGAAGUCUUUUCAAUGAAAACCAAUGUUUGGAGAAUAAUUCCCGAUCUCAAAACUGACGUGGAAUUAGGUGGAAGUGGGAUUUUCCUGAAAGGAUCACUGCAUUGGCUAGCGAGAAGAGUAAGUAGUCGUACUAAAAUCAUUUCAUUUGAUUUAGCAGAAGAGAAGUUUCAAGAAGUGGUGCCACAACCAGCUCGUAUGGACGAGAAUCAUUAUGUAGCAACUAUGGGGUUGGGGGUUUGGGGAGAUUGCCUGUCCCUUUUCAUUGAGUGCGGUGAAAAUCUUUAUGAAGGAUGGUUCAUGAAGGAACAUGGUGUCAAGUCCUCGUGGACUAGAUUAUUCAGCUCCCCAGUUGACCCUUUGCCUGGAUUCAAACAUUGGCAGAUUGGAUUAUGCUACACAAAAACUGGUAAACUUGUAAUCGAUUAUGAUGGAUGGAGAUUAGUCGUGUACGAUCCACAAGAGCAAAGGUUCGCAAUUCGCAAUAAUUGGGAUUGGUUUCACUCCAUUAUAUAUUUUGAAAGUCUAGUUUCACCCAAUCUCGAUGAUGUCUCCAACAGAGAAAAUCAUGUGCAAGAUUGAAGAAUUAUGCGGUGAGGCUAGUUCAUUUUCGCUCUGUGCUUCAAUUUUUGUAUUGUUUCCAAGUCUCGCGGCAUCUGCCAUGGCUGUUUGUACUUGUUUAAAUGUAAAAUCAUGUCGAAUUGCAUCACCUUGU